UGCUUCUCUCAUUCUAGGCCCUCUUCCUUUUUAUAUAAACUUAUUUGCAUUUGAAGAAACGUUUGUGUCACUUCGGAAAUAAAAAUGAGAAUUUCAUUCUGUAAAAUUUUCUUUCUGAUUUUCCUGAUAACAUUUGCAAAGUCUGAUGAACCGCACUGUUCAAAAUAUGAUUUCGAAGAGAAAGUUUUAGAGAAAAUGGUUCGCAUGGAAUUUCAAAUGGAGAGAAUGAAAUCUGAAAUGGAACAAACAGCGAAAAGCGUUGAUACAAAAAUUAAGGAACUGCAAAAUUUAAAAGAUCAAAGUGUGACACCAACCGUGGCAUUCAAGGCAAGGGUAAAUGCUAACACUGCUGCUCCUAAAGGUCAGGUGAUAGUGUUUCCUGUAGUACUCUUCAAUGAAGGAGAUGCCUACAGCAGUAAGACUGGAAAAUUUAUGGCCACAACAAACGGAACAUAUCUAUUUACUAUUGGAUUAUGUAUGAAACAUGAAAAACUUUUGCACGUGGCUAUAUUGAUUGAUGGUGUAGCAUACACUAAGACAAAUAUAUAUGGCGACCUUUAUGACGACUGCGUUACAGCUGACGCUAUCGCUGUGUUAAAGUCCGGACAGAGCGUGUGGGUUCAGCCGUCUGGUAGUGUCUCUGGUAAUAUAAUACAGCACGAUUCAUCAUACUGGAGCACUUUUUCUGGCACUUUACUCCAUAAAUGAACACUGCAUAAGAUUUCACAUGAGUAAUUAUUAAAUAUUAUUAUCAAAUAUGUUGAUAACAUAAAUGACAAGCAAUACUGUGGAUAACUUUUUAACAAUUUUCAUGAACGAAUUGAACGACAUUUGAUAUUAUAGUACAAAAGUAUAUGAAAACACAAUGCCACAAUAUUCCAUUGCUUUGUUAUCUCACUAGCGUUAAGUAUAAUAUCAGAAUAUUUUACAUCAUUCUGCACAACAUGGAGAUAUAUUUGUUCGAGUACCCAGCGUGAUAGUCUUCAGAACUCUAAAUAUGCAUCAACAAAGUUAAUGACAUUAGCCAAAUGGCCUUAACUUGCAUGUGACUUUAUCAGUGAGAAUAUCGAUUUUCGGACAGAAAUCAAAUCAUUUUGCUUACAUAUAUGUUUUGAAAGUACAUGGAUUUUAUCUUAGAUAAAAGGCAAAUUGAACACUAGAAAAAUGCUUCCCGCAGGUACUGCGACCUCACCGAUAUCACAGUAUCCAAAUAUGUUAACACAUUUAUAUAUUAUUGUAAAAUAAGUCAUUUAUUUUGGCUGGGCUAUAAUAUUGAUGGAUUAAAUAACAGAUCAUUUGAAUAUCAAAUUCACCAGUCAUCUUGUCAAUCAAAUUAUUUUCUUUUAAUCCGACUGAAUAUGAACUUUUUAUUGUCAUUAUUUUCGUGCUAUCCACGUUCUAUGUUGUUUCCUAAAGGACACAUUACUGGCCAUACGCCGAAUUUCUGUUUGCUUAUCUUUAGACUGCAAAUUUUAUAUGAAAAGCACUUAUAAACUAAUUUGCUAUUAAUGUACUUUUUAAACUUCCCUCGUGGUAAUGAAUGCAUGUGUGGUAAAUGGGACUGAUUGUCGCUGUGCUUCCCUAAAUAUUAGGCCCUCUUGUUGUUUUUUUUUAUUUUUAAACUACCUUUCUCGCAUAGGAAGAUACAUUUGUGGUAUUUUGGAAAUAAAAAUGAGAAUUUCAUUGUGUAAAAAUUCCCUUUUCAAUUACUUACUAACAUGUGCAAAGUCAGAGGAGCGGCACUGUUCAAAAUAUGGUUUGGAAACGAAAGUUUGAGAGAAAAUAGUCGCGUGGAAUUUCAAAUGAAGAGAAUGAAAUCUGAAAUGGACAGUAAAAAGCAUUGAAACAAGAAGUAAGAAACUGCAAAUUUUAAAAGGUUAAUUUAAAGUUAUAAGUCAUAUAAAUUAAGUUUAUUUCAAUCAAUUUUCAAGCACGAACCAAUGCCAACAAGUUCAUAGUUUAUGUCAACAAAUUUUAAAUUCUUUUUCUAAGACCAUUUGAUAAAUAGAAGUAUUUUAAACAUUAUUAAUGAUUUUUGAAAUUUCAAUAACCUCCUUCACGGAUACGAUCUAUGAGUUUUCUGGUUUUGUGUAAAUGUUCUUUUUCACUAUCAUUUUAUGGACUUUAAAGGUCUUUCUUCUGUUCAAAUAGUGUUCUAAAAAUCAAGUAUUUUUUCCUAUCAUUUUGUUAUACAUAUGGUACAAAGUAGAAUAACAUGUAAGACAACAUUUAAAAACAUUAAAACAAUCAAACAAAAGCAAAAAUAAAAUAAAAAAAAAACAACAACAAAAAAA